UUGAAAUGGAUGUGCUGGGAAACUUGGAAGUUCGGUGGGUGCAAGGAUUCAACAAUGGCACAUUUAGAUUUGUCGACAAGAAAACAACAUGCUACACCUGUGGGAACUUUAUUGUUUUCCUCAAUAUGGAAACUAAGUCGAGGAAGACUCUGCAGAGUCCUGGUUCUGGUAUUGGGGCCUUUACAGCCAGUGGGCAUCGCAGAUGUCUUGCCUUCUCUGACCUCAAACUCAAUCCUUCCAUCUUUGUCUACAACUAUCCAGAGCUUGAGCAGGUGUGUAAACUGAAAGGCACAACUAAACUGGGCUAUACAGCUUUGGCACUGUGUGACACUGGCCCUUAUUUAGUCUGUGCUUCCUCCAUGCCUGAUCACACCAUCUCAUUGUGGAACUGGGAGAGCAGCGUUCUCCUUUGUAGCCAUCCACUCUUGGGAGAGGACGUCACAGCAUUGGUUUUUAACCCCAUGAACUGGUGUCAAAUUGGUGCUGUAAAUUUGAGGUCCCUUACUAUCUGGAAUGUUGAAAGAUGUGACAACUAUCAUUUGAUGAAGCCUAGUGCUGUCGAUCUCCCCGCCGCCGAUGGUUCAGUUAUUGAGUGUGAAGCAAACCUGUCUUGUAUGCUCAGUAGGAAGUUGACACACUUAGGUCCUCAGAUGCCCAUUUCAGCAAUCGCUGGACUGAGUGGAGACAGAGCUGACGAUUUUGUGAGUCACAGCAUAAUAGAAUUUGUCUGUCCCAACAGCCUUUGA